CCAACAUGGCGGCCAUCAGGAGCGGGGUGACUCCGGGCUGCCUGGCAAAAUGUUUCCUACGACAAAGUGGAAAACCGAGACGCGGCAGCCAACACUUUACAGAAAUCCUAAACCCCCGGUCGGUCCAGAGGUCUCACCUGCACACGGUGUUGGAGUGCAGCCAUCCUGCCACUAGGGCUCUCCUGGGCCAGAGGCAUCAUGGGAAAUUUGUGUGGGUGAAUGCCGUGGCGGUUCGACACAACAGCUCACAGAUCCCACCUGAGUCUGGAUCAGCGGCGUCUCCAGAACUGGACACUGUCGACAGCCCCCCAGUCCUCCAGUCAUCCCCGGUCUCACUGCCCGCUGACCCCGCCCCUAUUCUCACAGAGCCAAUCCCUGAACAGAUUCCAGUUGAAACCAUUUCAGCGGCUGCGCAUGAAGUGGACACGGUACCACUGGUUUUAAGUUCCUCUGCUGACCCCGCCCCCAUCCUGAUGCAGCCAAUCAGUGAACAGAUUCCAGCAGAAACUUUGUCAGCGGCUGCAACCGAAGUGGACACGGUUCCUCUGGUUUUAGAUUCAUCCGCUGACCCCGCCCUUAAUAUCACACAGCCAGUCACUGAACAGAUUCCAGCUGAAACCAUUUUAGCGACUGCACCUGAAGUUGUCACUGACCCCGCCCCUAAUAUCACACAGCCAAUCGCUGAACAGAUUCCAGUUGAAACCGUUUCAGCGGUUGCACCUGAAGUGAACACUGACCCCGCCCCUAAUAUCACACAACCAAUCAGUGAACAGAUUCCAGCUGAUACUGUUUUGGCGGCUGCCCCUGUCGAUGCUGCCGCCAUUCCUCCGGUUUCAAAUCCCCCCGCCAACCUUGCAUCCGUCGACCCCGUCCUGACGCAGCCAAUCAUAGAGCAGGUGGCCAACGCUGCUCCGUCUGCAGCUGAGGUCCUGCAGGCGGCGUCCACAGAGCCCAGUCUGGCGGAGCUGGGUCUGGGCGCGUUCACUCCAGUGGGUCUGAUCCAGAACCUGCUGGAGUUCGUCCACUUGGAGCUGGGUUUGCCCUGGUGGGGCGCCAUCGUAGCAGGUACGGUGGCAGCUCGUCUGCUGGUGUUUCCGGUCAUCGUCAAAGGUCAGAGGGAGGCGGCCAAACUCAACAACGUCCUCCCUGAAAUGACCAAACUGACCAACAGGAUGAACGAGGCUAAACAGAGCGGAAACAAAUUUGAGUUCGCCAAAGCCUACACAGACUUAAACCUGUUCCAGAAGAAACAUGAUGUUAACCCUCUGCGGGGCUUCUUGGUUCCAAUGGCACAGGCUCCCAUCUUCAUCUCGUUCUUCAUGGCGUUGAGGAAGAUGUCGUACCUUCCGGUCCCCAGUCUGCAGACCGGAGGGGUUCUGUGGUUUCCAGACCUGACAGUGGCCGACCCGUACUACAUCCUGCCUCUGGCCGUCACUGGAACCAUGUUCUUCAUCCUAGAGUUGGGGGCUGAGUCCGGUAUCGACAACCCAAACCUCCGAGCCAUGAAGACGGUGUUCCGGAUAAUGCCCCUGGUCAUCCUCCCCCUCACCAUUAACUUCCCCACGGCCGUCUUCACCUACUGGUUGACGUCCAACUGCUUCUCCCUGGGUCAGGUGGCCCUGCUCCGACACCCGGAGGUCCGAAAGAGGCUGAGGAUCCCCGAGAGGAUCCAGCACCCGGCCUCGGCCCUGCCCCAGAGCGAAGGCUUCUUCGCCAGCAUGAAGAAAGGUUGGAAGAACGCUCAGUUGGCCCAGCAGCUGGAGGAACGAGAACGGAGGAUCAAGAACCACCUGGACCUGGCAGCUAAAGGUCCACUGAGGCAGACGUUUACCCAUAAUCCUUUGCAGCAGACCCCACCCAUCGCUACAGCUUCAGCCAAAGGAAAGACGGAUGGCAAUAAAGCCAGACCAUGGAAGGACACGAUUGGAUGAAUAAUGUGACAGUAUGAGUUAUGUAUAUAUUUAUAGACGGAGGUAGGACGAUGUGUGUCACAAUGUAUGAAAGUAAAUGAAAAACCUGCCUCUGAACAAC